GAGGAGCGGAAGGCGGGUCAAGGAGCUCGGGCGGGCGCUGAAGCAUUUGAGCAUCAAUUGCCGUUAGAGUUGGUCACCUGUGAGGUCUGUGCGAUGAGGGGUCGGCAUGAUGAUGAGGGCAGAGAUGUGAGGCCAAGGGCUGCGGAGUUGAGGGAGGUUAAUAGAGAUCUACGCAUAUGUAAGCUGGAGAUCUCUGGUUCGAAUCCUGGUGACGUCAUUUUUACGGACAUUUUGUGGAGGGUGGGUGUGGCAUGA